UUUAUUUUAUUCAGCGAUGGGCACACUGCUGCCGGCUUUCUGGUUAUACGGAUUUUGUUUUUGUUCGAUUUAUGCGGUUGUCCUGGUUAUCCUGCUCUCAAAAUGCGUGCGUUUAAUGCGCUCGUGCUCCUCAUCGCUAUCCUGCCUGUCCUGCUGACCCUCGUCCAAGGUACCCUAUCCCCAGACAGCCAGAAAACGAAGGGGAAAAACAAGGAGGCGAAUGUGCUGCGUGGCCCCCAAGACAAUGAUGUGUUUACCCUGGGAUUGGUAAGCCCGGAACCCUUGGGAAAAGACAUCCUGGCCAACCACAGAGCUUAUUUCAAGGAAACUGGAUUGAGACGUUUCAAUGGAACUACUUUGGGAUAUGUGACUCCAUGGAAUUCACAUGGCUAUGAUGUGGCCAAAAUAUUCGCCAAGAAAUUCGACAUCAUUUCUCCAGUUUGGCUCCAGGUUGUAAAGCAGGGGGAGGAGUACGUCAUGGCUGGGGUCCACGAUAUUGACGCUGGAUGGUUGACAGACCUGCGAAGAAAAGGAAAACAGGCCCACAACCAGCGUACAGUAAAGGUAUUUCCCCGGUUUAUAUUCGAUCACUUCACGGAUCGGGACAUCAAGUUACUGCUCAGCGAUGCCCAUGAACGUACCAAGGUUAACAAUGUUCUGAUCAAGUGCUGCAAGGAUAAUGGUUUCGAUGGCCUCGUCCUGGAGGUCUGGUCCCAAUUGGCCGGCCGUAUUGAUGAUAAAAUUUUGCAUACCCUGGUGUUGCAAAUGGCUAAAGAACUUCAAAAGCAGCAGCUGCGCUUGAUCCUGGUCGUGCCACCAUUUCGCAAGGACACUGGAAAUUUAUUCGGAGAGAAGCACAUGGAUAAGCUAUACAAACACAUCUACGCCUUUUCGUUGAUGACUUACGACUUCUCCAGCGUUCAACGUCCGGGAGCCAAUGCUCCGCUUUAUUUUGUUCGUAAGGCAGUGGAGAUGAUUGCCCCAGAAGGGUGCCCGGAUAUGGAGGCCAAAAGGGCUAAAAUCCUUCUCGGCUUAAAUAUGUAUGGCAAUGACUAUACGCCCGAUGGUGGUGGUCCUAUCACCUUUUCUCAGUAUUUGGAUUUGGUGAAGAGCGUAAAGAAGCAUUUGACCUACGACGAGAGGGAUGUGGAAAACUUUUUCGAAAUCAAAAACGAAAAUGGACGUCAUAUCGUCUUCUAUCCUACGCUUUAUUCCAUCAAUGAGCGGAUAAAACUGGCCCAGGAACUAGGAACUGGCAUUUCUGUCUGGGAACUGGGACAGGGUCUAAACUAUUUCUACGAUCUCUUUUAAAAUAGGUUGUAAGCAGCAUUCAAUGCACCACAAUAUUCCAAUUAAAGGCUUUUUUAACUUAAAUAA